CUUUUGUGUGCUGCGGAGACCUGGCAUCAGUUGCCAGCUGCAGCAUCCUCAGCCUCAUUAAUAAUGGAGGCGCCUGACAGGGGCAGCUUCGCUUGCUUUGUUUACAUGGUAGAUGAAGGGAGACAUGGAUCUUUCUGUUUUGCCAAAUAACAACCAUCCUGACAAAUUCUUGCAGCUUGACGUGAAGUCUUUAAUGAGAAGCUCAACGCUUCUGCAGGCUAGCCUCGCGAGAUUUCCGGGUGGAAAUUACCCUGCUUCACAACACUGGCAAAACCUUGUCUAUUCACAGAGAGAAAAGAAUAUUAUGCCUCAACGAAUUAAGGGAUUUGAUGGGGAGGGCCCCCUCCUUCCCAAUAGCCCUCCACCAUCCAUGUCUUCGGUUAUGAAGAAUAAUCCACUCUAUGAUGACCUAAGUUUGGAGGAAGCUAAAGAAGAAAGAAAAAAGAAUCCUUCAUGGACCAUUGAGGAAUACGACAAGAAAUCCACGCACGCAAAUCUUGCUGGACACCUGAAGGAAAACCCCAAUGACCUCCGGUUUUGGUUGGGAGAUAUGUAUACUCCGGGCUUUGACACCUUGCUGAAAAAAAAAAAGAAACGUGCGAAACGAUCCAAAUUAUGUCAUAUGGGUCUGAUUUUACUCCUUGUGUCCUCCGUCUUGGUUGCCAUAGUGACUCUCAGUGCUUUGUUCACCUAAGGAGACUGCCACCUACAGGACCCCUUAAAGUUCCUAAACGCUUUCUAAAUAUUUGUAGGAAAACGUAUUCAUGUGUUAUGAAUGUAUUGCUGACUGUGUGACUAUAUGCAGUUGUCCCUUAGAAGGUGAGCAUUGCUUGUGUAAUGCUGGCCUUUGUGCUUUGUUCUGUGAAACGCAUUUGUGAAUUCCAGCCUGGGCUCGGUCCUCUGGGAAGCAGAGAUUUCAGAGAAUCACAGCAGCAAAAACGUCACUACAUUCAGACAAAAGCGCAUUCUGGUGGGGAAUAGAUCGGCAACACUGGUCUCAAUGCUCAGCUCAUACCUGACUUCACAAGCCCACUAACUCCUUUCCAGCUGUUCACCAUGGGCAUUCGGGAUGUUCCAGCCCGCAUUGAUCUUCUGGUCAACUGCCAGGGUGACAGCUGAAGCUUCUGUUGAGCUGUCAGUUCCUUUGGAUCUAUUCUGUUUUAUCUUCCUUCAUCUCUGUUUAAAUCAGAAAAAAAAAAAAAAAAAAGGUGGUAGAGAGCUUUGUUCAAACCUAUUCUUAUUUUCCCAGGAAUCCCUUAUAAUGACCCAAAUUUAUGUUGCAAUUUUCACAGAACUAAGCUUGGGUAGGCCAUUGUGAUAUAAUUAAUUACAUUUAGAUCAGUCAUUCUUAUAACUGAUGGAAACUGGUCUGUCCUCCAGUGCCAGUGAGUACAUGUCCUCAGCAGUGGGGGAGGGACCCUAGAGAGACUCCAGGAAUACUGCCUCAAGAAGGACUUUGAAUCCUGCCUGUUCAGUUUUAUCGCCACAGGCCUAACCAAGAGGUUUCUCAAUGAAGAGUGUUCCCCAGUAAAGCAGGCCUAGGGGCUGCAUAGGAAACUUAAGAAAAAGAGCUGGCUCCUAAUGUAGUCCUGUACUUAAUGGCAAUUGUUAUUACUAAUUUGUGUUAACUGGCAUCCUGCUGCUGCCUGCAGAUGUCUGGGAACCUGAUUCUGAUACAUCAGAACUGUGCCCUCCCUCCCUCCUAGGCAUCCUCCCUGGGCCUGUCGCUUUUCAUGUUUUGUCUUCACUAAAUAUCCUGCCUUCAAGCUAUCCAAUAUAUGAAACAGAAGAAGAGUUUCCAUGAGAGUGAGGUCUUCUUUUGUCCAUUGCUAUUGCCUUAUUGUUUGCUUGUGUUUUGUGUGAAGAUACUUGAAGUAAAGUAUAUAAAAGUAGAUUUACUGGAUGAUAAAAUCAUUGUGUAUGAAACAAAAAUUCUCUUCCUUAUCCUUGUAGUAUCUGACUUUUUCCCCAUCUUUUCUUCUGUGGUUGUUUCUGUGGAAUGAAACAAAGGUUGGGGGGGGGGCGGGGAUCCUGCUGACGGCAGGCGACUCACACUGCGAUGCCCUUAGACACAAUUUGCUAUCAUUGUCUUCUGAGUUUGCCUACCCAGGGCUUGCCCCUAAGGAUUCAAAUCAUUAUCGGGUAUCUCCACUCACGGAGCACAUCUGUGUUAAACCGGGUUGUGUCUGUCCACGACAAUGGCUAGGCAAGACUUCCUUCGACCUGUGAAGGCUGCUUAUGGGAGCUCCUACCCUGCUUGGCUCCCAUCCCAGCGUGCUUCCCUUUUCCGCAGUCAUCGAUCCCUCCGCUCUCUAGCCUUCCUCUGUUCUUUAUGACACCUUUGGCCAUUUGCUUUUCUGCAUGAAUGAGUUUAUUACUUUGCUUUUAUUCUUUUUUUUUUUAAAGGUUAAAUAGAAAUUCAUUUAUUUUUCCAAAGAGCCAGAUUUAAAAGAUUCAAUUACUUUACAGCCUGGGACAGCAGUUUGUUUUAGGGAAAAAUUAAUUUGUUUGGAAUAAACAAUAAAUGCCAUAGUAGAAACCUCUCUUAAUGAGGCUCCCUGGGGUUAAAUGAAAACAAAUCUGCUGGAUGCUACUUCAGCUGGACUUAUCUUGACCCAACUCUGCAUCUCAGUGCGUGGUAUGACUGACUUUCUGAUUACCUUUUUCACAAAUCUUUUUUUUUUUUUCUUCAAAAGUGG